UUAACCAAAUCCGCAUUUUCAAACCAAAAAAAAAAAAAAACUCUCUCUUUCUAUCUCUGUUUCUAUUACAAUUUUCAGAAGCAAAAACGGUUUGUUCUCUCCAAUGGGUGCUUCUGGAAAAUGGUUCAAAUCACUUCUUUCUCAUAAAAAAAUCUCAUCUUCAACCCCAACAUCUGAUCAAGAGAAGAAGAUUAAUGGUGAUAACAAGAGUGGUAGUAGUGCUAAGAAGAAAUGGAAGCUAUGGAAGUCAUCUUCAGAAGGAUCUUCUUCUUCAAGUAUGAAGAAGAGUGGUGGUGGUACAGCUUCUGUGUGUGACUCUUCGCUUACUGCUGCUGCGGUUGCUGUCGUGGUUCGAGCUCAACCGAAGGAUUUUAACCUCAUCAGGCAGGAAUGGGCGGCGAUUCGAAUUCAGGCUCUUUUUCGAGCUUUCUUGGCUAGGAGAGCUUUGAGGGCAUUGAGGGCAGUGGUGAGGCUGCAAGCUAUAUUUAGAGGCAGGCAAGUGCGAAAACAAGCCGCGGUUACUCUGAGGUGCAUGCAGGCUCUUGUUAGAGUUCAAGCUCGUGUAAGAGCUAGGAAUGUCAGGAAUUCUCCAGAAGGAAAAGCAGUUCAGCAGUUAUUAGACGACCAUCGCAACCAAGCUGAUUCUGCUAAACUUCAUGGAUGGUGUGAAAUUCCUGGAACUGCAGAUGAAGUUAAAGCAAAACUAAGACUGAGGCAAGAAGGAGCAAUCAAGAGGGAUCGCGCAAUGGCCUACUCUCUAUCGGCACAGUCAAGAAUGAGUGCUAGUCCAAACUCAAAAUCAGUGACUCCUCUCAAGCAUCAUCACAAUCGCGACAACAAGAGCUUAGGAAACGGCUUGUUAGAACGCUGGAUGGCGAACAAACCAUGGGAGAGUCCAAUGUCAAUCAGGAAGAGUGAAGAACUUGUUCCUACUUUUCAAACAAGAAGGAACGGUAUGACAACUAGGAUUUCAGCUCUUAAAAUCAGUCACCAAACUCCAUCCUCUUCCACCAUAAGCUCCGAGUACAUGAACGACGAUAGCGUUAUAUCGUCUUCAUGUACAUCUGGAUCUCCGUGUAUGCCAUUCAGCAAUAAUACUGUUACGGUGGAAGCAAGAGAGGAUAAAGAUGUACCAAGCUACAUGAGUUUGACAGAAUCAACUAAGGCUAAACUCAAAGCUUACAGAAGCUCUUCGCAGAAUUCUAAGAGACUCACAAUGGACGAUUGUCUGUCUCAUAACACAAAUUCAACAUUUCUGAAUGGAUAUAACAGUAUAAGCAGUUCUGGUUCCGACCCUUCGGUUAACAUAUGGAAGGAUCGUUGUGCAACACCUCUAAGAGCAAGUUACUAUCAAAAACGAUACGGCGGGAGAUAGAGAAUUUUCUAACAGUUGCAGCGUGUGAUGUGUCUGUUUUCAAUGAGUUCAACAGCUUGUUGUCCAUUGUCAUCUUGACACAGUGAGACAAACAAAUUGAGUUUUUCUGCAGUCACUAAUAGCACAUCAGUGGCUCUUUUCUGAGAAAGUGGCGAUUUUAUAGUGUAGAUAAAACAUGGAUUGUGUGAGAAAUGAAAUAGCAAACUAUUGCACUACAUCAAUUUAUAUUGUGUGUUUUGACAGAAACAUAGUGUAAGCUUAAUUUUGUCAAUGUCAUUGUGAUUUCAACAAGCCUUAAAAUGGCUGACUCCAAAAAUCAAAACCUUGACAUCAUGUUUAAAUCUGAAUAACAAGUAUGAACU